AUGGCAGGUAUAGGAGUGGUGAUUAGAGACUGCAAUGGGAAUAUUAUGGGUGCUCUAAGUCAGAAAAUAGUGUUGCCUCAAUCAAUAGAACAUGCUGAAGCACUAGCGGCAUCUCGGGCUAUGACAUUUGCAAGGGAGCUUAGUCUAUCCAAAGUCAUUUUUGAGGGAGAUAUUAUAAAUGCUAUCAACACAAAGAAGCCAUGCCAUACUCUAUUUCGCCACAUCAUUGAAGAAAUAUGGAGCCUUACUCCAUCUUUAAUGACCUAUAAUUUUCAACAUGUGAGAAGGGAGGGAAACAAGUUGGCACACGUCUUAGCUAGAAGAGCAGUUGUAUCUACAGAUAUUGAUGUAUGGGUAGAAAAACUACCUUCGGAUUUGGAUGAUGUAUUCAAUCUUGAUUUAGUUUAUUAA